AUGUCGUCAAUCAGCCUUCGUCUGCGCACCUUCCAACGCCCAAUCAUAUCCCAAUUGCGCGCUUUCACUACCACACCCAGCCACGCAAAGUUGAUGGACACGCCGAAUCCUGCUUCCAACCUUCCGGAUCCAUCUGAAAACUCCUCUGCCGCACCAAACGCGAAGAUGCGUUCGGACACGCAAAACACGGAUCACCAGUCUAGUGCCUCUAAAGAUGAGAACAAGAGCGGAGACGAUCAUCCGGCCAAGCAACCAGAUCAUCCGGCCAAGCAACCAGACCAUCAGGCGCAGCCCACUCGGACGACAGGAAUUGGAGGCGCGACGAAGGUGCAAGGAGGGAAAGAGGGGCUAGGUGAGAGAGGAGACAAACAGUAG